GUCGCCGCCGUCAAUUGCAGUGAGUAUUUCUGCCAGCAUAGAAGUAGGCUUUCGCCUAGCUUUCCAUUCCUCAGGCGGUCAGAGAACCCUUCGCCAAUUUUGACAGGAUUCGAGAUGAGGAGGACGGGUUUUUCAUCUGCAGGGAUUUGUAUUGCUAAUUAGAUGGGAAAUAUAUUCGUGAAGAAACCCAAAAUUACCGAUGUAGAUCGAGCAAUUCUCUCUCUCAAAACUCAAAGGCGGAAGCUUGGGCAAUAUCAGCAGCAGCUUGAAACUGUGAUUGAAGCAGAAAAGCAAGCGGCGAGGGACUUGAUUCGUGACAGAAAGGAUAGAGCCUUGUUAGCAUUGAAGAAGAAAGUUGACACAUCGCUCAUCAACGUCGAGCAACAACCGCCAGCCACCGAACUAUCUUCACCUCCGUUGUUUUGCUUGAGUUUGUUGCCGCCAUUGCCACGUCCAGGCAACCCCAUUGAUGAUUCCUCCUCUGUUUUUGGGGCCUUGAAGUUUUCGAAGAGUGAAAAAAUGUUUACACUUUUUUCCUCUGAAUGUUGAUAGAGGGAAGCCAAAUAUGGCAGUAUCAAAACCUGGGACCUGGUUAGGAUUUUGUUCAAAGAUGGCAACUUGAAAGACCCUUCUGCUGUACUUCACCAAAAACCCCACAGCAGGAUUAACUACUACCAAUUAUAAAUAAUUUUACCCUUUUUAUAUACUCUGUAACCCUACCAAAUCUUUGAUAAGAUUAAAGUAGAAAUUUCUUG